AUGAAUCGUACUAAAGAGACCCUUUGCUCUGAAACUAAACCUCAAACUCAGCGUCUCAACAACAUAAUUCGGCAUGAAAAAUAUCACAUUAACUCAGCCCAAUCUAAGCUCUUGAUCGCUGCUCUCUGCUCUUUGCCGGGACUGACGGCUCGACUUGCCGGCAAUAAGGUGACUGUCGGCUGCUCCUCGUCACGCGAAAUUGGAGCUGGGGUCGUCCGUGGCUCGGGUCUGCUUAGCUGGGAUUCUCAUGGGGUGGCGGCUGAAAUCUCCAUCACUUCAAUAGGGAGUAUUAGGGUUGCUAAUGGAGGGAGGUGUCGUGAGGGAGAGAGGUGGCUGAAAAUUUGGGAAACGGUUGAAAUGAGCUGCGACUGA